AUGCGGCGGCGCGAGUCGUUCCUGCGUUCUCUCACGGCGCGCGAGCUCGGUCCGUGCCGGCCGCGAACACCCGCGGUUGACGCGUCCGCGCUCUCGCUCCGCGCCUCGACCGUCGCCCUCUCGAGCCACCUGGAGCUGACGCCACGCGGCGACGCGGUCACGACGCUCUCGCUCGAGGCCAUCGACGAGCGGUACCUGCUCGCGGGCUGCGCCGACGCGUCGGUCGCGCUGUACGACGUGGCAGACACGCCGAGCGCACCGCCCCGCGGCCCUCCGCAGCCGCGCCGUCCCGUCGUGCAGGCCACGCGGCGGUCUUGCCGGUCGGGCCACACGGGCGCCGUCGCGUGCGUGCAGUGGUUUCCGCACGACACGGGCGCCUUCGUCUCGGGCGGCUACGACGCGCUCGUCAAGCUGUGGGACACAAACACCAUGAGCCCCGCCUGUGACUUUGAGUCGGCGGGCCGCGUCCACUGCGUCUGCAUGUCCGAGGUGGCGUCGCGGCACAACCUGAUCGCCGCGUGCGCCGACGGCGACGACAGGGAGGUCGUCCUGUACGACCCGAACGUCGGCCACGCCGCCCACCGCCUCUGCGGCCACCGCGGUGUUCCGUGGGCGCUCGCCUGGCACCACCUCGUCUCGGGCGGCUCCGACGGCUCUCUCCGCCUCUGGGACAUCCGCAAGAACAUCCGCGGCUGCCUCCGCUCCUUCGACGUCCACCACACAUUUGCGCGCGCCGGCCCUCCGCGGAGUGCGGCUGGCGCGGGCGGCGGUCGGCCAGACGCGACCGGAGACGCGCCCUCGCUCGCCGCGGCCGCGCGCCGGCUCGCGGAGCCAAAGGCGCACCUCGGCGGCAUCACGUCGGUCGCCUUCUCGGCCGACGGGAGCGUGCUGCUCUCGUCUGGCCGCGACCAGCGGCUGAGGCUGCGCCCUCCCCGAGCCCGCUUCGGGGGCGUCGCCUGCGCAGGCUCGCGCGUCUACUUCCCGACCGCGGACGCCGUGCGCGUGUACGACUUGCACUCGGGCGCGCUGCUCCAGACGCUAAAGGGCCACUUUGGAGAGGCUCUCUGCGCCGCCGCCGCCGCGAGCGACCACAAGGUCUUCACGGGCGGGGACGACUGCAGCAGCCGCGCCUAG